ACAUUUUGCAGACGUGAAUCAGUCCAUCGUCUUUCGUUCUUUGUUUCUGUAACAUGGAUUAUCCCAUACCGUUCGUCUAAUUAACGCAAACCAAUAUACCUACAAUGUCUUAAUAGCAUUGUAGUUUCAUACAAUUUACAUUAGCUUAGCUAUCGCAGAUGUUUUCCUCCACCAUCUGUUUGGCCUUCGGACUAUUUCUUCUACAGAUAGAGCAGGCUAAGGGUGCGAGUACCACAUUAGGCACUCACUACCUUAUUGCCUUACCACCUAAUAAUCUAGGCGACCCAAGACGGUACGAAGUUUCUUUUUUUCUCUUCACUCUUUCUCUUCAGGAUGUAGAGGUAGAACUGACAACUCCGUGGUACGAACCUAAACCUUUGGAUAUCAAAAAGACCGUAAAGCGACUUGAAGUUGUCGAUAUACCCUUGAACAGAAAAUAUUUGUCGAGGGUGCAAGUUGGAAAGAAAUUCAGCUACCGUUUACAUGGGACUGGAAAGUUUGGUCUCAUUGUUUUCGACGUUGUCACGCAUUUUAUCGCAGACUCUUUUAUUGGGCUUCCCGUAGAAGGCUGGGCUAAGAAGUACAUUGUAGUCGCCUCAUGGCAAAAUCCAACUUUUCAAGUUUUAACUACAGAAGAAAAUGAAAUUACAAUCAAACUAAAAAUGACUGGCUUCAAUUUUACUUACGUGGAUGUAACUUAUUUUAGUGGUAGUACAUUACGAGUUACUUUAAAAAAAUUUGAAGCCUUCGGCAUGGCAUUUUGCUGUGAAUAUUGCCGAGACGACAGAACCCUAACAGGGACAACAGUUGAAGGAGUAAAGUCGAUAGGUUUGAUCAGUGGCGACUGCCUGGCCAAAACCAGCAUCCUCAGUUGUGAACAUAUGUUACCCCAUACUUGGGAAUAUGGUGCCAGAGAUUUGUACCUAGAGAUGUUGACCCCCGUGGUAUCCUAUGGCAAGGAGUUUAUUACGCUAGUGGUUACCCGGAUGGUGCAGGGUUUCAACAUGGUCAUCUCAUCAGAGGACUCCACAACUAUCACAAUCUCUGAGGGUGGUGGCUCCAAAUAUCCCCCUGUCUUCCUGGCCAAAGCUGGGGAUUCUGCUGUUCUCCCCUUUCAAGAUGCACGAGCCUUCAGAAGCGAUAAGCCCAUCCAGGCUUUCUACUAUCAAUCGAGCCCUUGCGUGUAUCGCGAUAUAAUACAACACACAACAGAACCUGAGGGGGACGGCUCCUUAAGUAUUCUGGUUGCUACCAAUUUGUUUUAUGACGGAUAUAUAUGGAGCACACCCUUUUCAAGAAUAACGACACCCCACAAUUUCUUUGUUGCUGUUGUAAAAGCUGCAGAAUUACAAUUUUUAAGGUUGGAUCACCACGAGUUAAAUGAGACGACCAUCACCCCUGUCCACGGCGCUGAUUACGUCGUGGUCAACAGGAACAUCACCCAAGGCUCACACAAUCUGUACGGAGUGAAAACCGUCUAUUUUGGCUGUUACAUUUACGGACUGGCUAAGUACUACAGCUACACGAACCCUGCGGGGUACAUUUCGGCGGAGAUCAACAAGAAAUGCGUACCGAAUUUUGAAAUGCAACCAGGGGACUUAAUCGACAACGACUGUGACGGGUCAAUAGAUGAAGAGGUUGUCAACGGUCGAGAUGAUGACAACGACAAACGGAUAGAUGAGGACGUGGGUAAACCACCUAGAACUGACGGACAAUGGAGUCACUGGAGUGAGUGGGAGUGUGUACUGGAGUGUGGCAAAUACGGACACACACGCAGAAGGGCAUGCGACAACCCACCUCCUGUGAGCGACGGCGACAAUUGCGAGGGCGAAUCUUUCCUUCGCAAAGAUUCCAACUGCGGCAAGAAUCUCACCUGCCCAUCAGACUGUGGCUUUAAUCGUUGGUACUUUGGCUGCGCGAGGUCGUGUGAGAACUGUGAUGGGGACUGUGACAAGUUUACCGGGACCUGUGCCAAGUGUAAGACGGGAUAUGGAUCGCCAGAACUCUCGUGCAGCCAGUUUUGCCCAGCAUACACAUUUGGCGCCAACUGUUUGGGGAGGUGCAUGGAAAAAUGUGGGACUGAAUGUUUGGAUAAAUUUGAAGGAACUUGCCCACCCAGCGAAGUCAAUAACAGAAAGUAUCUAUGGUGGCUGACGUUACUCAUUCCGAUUGUCGGAUUUUUCCUGUUUAUCGCAAGUAUACGGCACAUAGACACAAUCUGUGAGGAAGAAGAAGGCUACUACACGUUUGACACCACUAAGGCAGCAGCGCCCACCGUUGAGCUCCGCUUGGUCGACACCACUGAGGCAGCUUCGCCUACCAUUGAGCUCCAUAUGUAACUGUUGAGUUCCAUCAUCUCACAAGACAACAUACAGUCACUAAAGACAUCGAAAAGCUACACUGGAUUUCGUUUUAUAAGUCUAUGUCAUUAUGUAUAUACAUAUAUAAAAAUUAUAUAUAUAUAUAUAAAUACAUAGAUAUAUAUGUAGUUAUAUGUAUAUACUUUAAUUCAAAUUAUUUUUUUAUAUACAGUUACUUCUACCUUGUGU